ACGCACUAUUAACGCGCGAUUGACAGGACGCAAACAUAACGUUAAUGCUGAGUUUUAUGAAGUGCCAGAUUUUUCUUAACAGUUAAAAAGAAUGUUAUUACUCGCUGCUGCUAUGUUGAAAUGGUCGCUAUAGUUUUUAGCUUUCACGUUGUCUAUCAUGGCAUCAAAUGACUUGCUGGUAGAGAGAGACAAAAUCCAAAGGGAGAUUUUUGCUCUUGAGAAUUCUCUGCGGUCAGACGGAGGAAACAUCACAGACCUGCUGUCACUCGAUUCUAGUAGCGAUGAUGAAUCUGUUGACAGUGGACCUGCAGUUGAUGAAGCGGUGCACGAUGAUCUAGAGACAGAGCGCCAACGGAUUCAGAGAGAGAUCGAGGAAUUAGAGAAUACACUUGGUGUUAAUGCAGAACUGUUUGAUAUUGAGGCAGGAGAGAGUGAACACGACAGUGAUUUUAGCAAUGAGGACAGAGUUGAAUUGAAUCUUCCUCAAAAUAUAGACACUUGCCUACAAAUGAAUUUGGUCUAUCAGGAGGUGCUUAAAGAAAAACUAUCUGAGCUGGAGAAGCUUCUGAGAGACAACCAGCAGCAGCAGAAAGAGAUUGAAUGUCAGUUGUCUGGUCCAACCAGCUGUAGCUCUUCUUCGCCUGGAGGAAUCCCUAUUCAGAAACUAUUUCUUGGAUAUUUCAUGAAGCCUUAUUUCAAAGACAAACUCACUGGUUUGGGACCUCCAUCAAAUGAUGAAACCAAAGAGAGGUUGAGUCAUGGCACCAGACCCAUUUGUGAGGUGAAAAUAAGGAGAUGGGAGGUUUGGCAGAAGGCUUUGCUGACCAAUGCUGUGGCCACAGACACUAUGAAACAAAUGCUAAAGCCCAAACUUUCCAAGCUGGACUACCUGAGUGGCAAAAUGUCUAAAGCUAAUGAUGAGGAAAAAGAGGAGAUGAAAAAACAAAUAGAUUUAAUACAACAAGAUAUUGCAGAGAUUAGUGCAAUGAGAGAAGAACAGCUGCUGGGUGAUCGCAAUGACGACCACGACUGGGAGAAAAUAUCCAACGUUGAUUUUGAAGGUUUGCGCCAUGCUGAGGAUUUGAAAAGAUUCUGGCAAAACUACUUGCACCCCUCCAUUAACAAGACCGUAUGGAAACAAGAGGAAAUUGAUCAGCUGAGAGAAGUUGUACAAGAAUACAACUGUUGUCAUUGGGAUGAAAUUGCAGAGGCUCUUGGGACCAAGAGAACAGCUUUCAUGUGUUUCCAGACUUAUCAACGCUACAUUUCAAAGACUUUCAGAAGGAGAGAGUGGACUACAGAGGAAGACGAGAUCCUGAGAGAACUUGUGAACAAAAUGAGAGUCGGCAACUUCAUUCCUUACAUGCAGAUGUCGUACUUCAUGAUGGGUCGUGAUGCAUCACAACUAUCAUACCGCUGGACCUCUACUCUCGAUCCAUCUAUAAAGAAAGGCCCUUGGUCAAAGGAAGAAGACCAGUUGUUGAGGAAUGCUGUCGCUAAGUACGGCGCCAAAGAAUGGGGGAAAAUCAGAGCGGAAGUGCCAGGCAGGACAGACGGCGCUUGUCGUGACAGGUAUCUUGAUUGUCUUCAGGCGAAUGUCAAAAAGGGUGCUUGGAGCAGAGAGGAGGUGGAGCUACUAAAAGAAAAAGUUGAGAAAUAUGGCGUUGGCAAGUGGACAAAAAUUGCUUCAGAGAUCCCAAACCGUGUUGAUGCCCAGUGCCUGAACAAGUGGAAGCAACUAACCCAACCUAAUCUAGGCAAUAGCAGAAAAAGGAAACGAGUUCGAAAAGUGAAGUUAGUAGUUAAACCAGAAACAAAGAGACGAAAGGUGACACAGAAAAAAAGUAAAGAUCUUGAAAUCACUUCAAGCUCCGAGGAUGAAAAGAAGGUGAAAGUUGAAUAUAUGGAUAGUGAUGCUGAAGCAGAAGUCCCUUCAGAUGAGGAUCUACCAGAGGAAACACAAGUCAAGGACUACAUACAGCCAGACAUAAAGGAUUGGAUUCCUUUAAAUACAAAUCCAUCGGUUUGUCCUGUAGGAACUGUUAGGACUAUAUGGGUGAGUCUGUCCACCAAUGUGGAUGAUAUAAAGGAACCUAAUAAACCAACUACCAGUGGCCGCAAUCGAUCACAGAACAGCAUCUGUCCUCCAGUCAAGCCCAGUCCGGUCCGCAACACCAGUUUAGACCAUUUUGGAAACGUGGAGAGAACUUACGUGGGGAUUGAUACUAACGUCUUGCUAAACCCGGCUGACAAUGAGAAAACCUUGAUUAAGGUGCCUGUGAAUGAUGUUAAACACUUAAUGCAGUGGAAGGCAACACCUGUAAAUAAGAAGGACAAAAGGAAAUUUCCAGAAGAUAAGAAGAAAAGAAGACGAGCCCAGAACUGUUCCAGCAUUAACUGUGAGCUGCUUAAAGCGAUCACCCCAUGGAUUGGUAAUGUGAUACUGCCUGUGGAAGCAAAUAAAAAGAAGCUUUGUGAAGCUGAUAUCAUUGGAACAAAAGCAGCCGAGAUCCUUCUCCAGAAGACACCAGUGUUUUCAUUUUUCAUCAAAGUUCUCCACAUUGAUGCAGAGGGUUGCAAGAAUGUCAUUAAAGUUCGACAAAAGAGAAGACUGCGGAUGCCAGGGUCUGAAUCCAAACCCAAAACAGUUCUUCCUAACACAGUGUUAGCGACACUUCAGGAGCGAAAAUGUAUGAAAAAUGGGAGCAAGGAACAUGCAGGACUUCUUCAACAUCCACCGUCUUUGCCUUCUGUUCGCCCUCAGGAGAUGACAACACCUGCUUCGAUUUAUCCCAGCUCGAUUGUCAUCGCGCAGCCAAACAUGCAGGGGACCGAGCAGCCUUUACUGCUUAAUGGACAAAAAAUAUCUGUAUUACCAAAGUCGCCACCGCAAGCUAUUCUUCUGCCAUUAAUACAGUUGGCAGCACCAGUGCAACCUGUCGCAACCACAACCUCCAGAUCGCCGAAACGAGUGAUCCAACGUCAAUGUAAACCCACAAAAAAAGCACAAGCCUUAAUGGAAGAAGCUAAAGCUAAAAGUUGUAAAAAGGAGGCACUGCAACAAGUCUGGUCCAAUAAGAGUACUGGGCUUUCUACUGUUAAAUUCCAGACACAGCCGGUUAAUUGGAUUUUCACUCCUGGAACGUCGAUACAGGUGACUGAAAUGCUUUCUGCUAACUUACCAGGCAACCAGAUGUUGAUCGUGCCAAAAAACUCCCCCAUAAAUGCCAGCACUCUUCCAGGCACAUUAACCAAUCUAUGUCUAAACCCAUUACCUAACCCCUGUAUCAAUUCCCCUUUCCUAAAGCCUUCUUCCUCCAUAAACAUUACCUCUGCAGGCAUCCAGACACCUCUUACUAAUACCUCAGUGGAAAACAAAACUAUGCAUAGCAGUGCCCUUCAGAUGUCACCCCAAGCUUCUGUCUCUGUGCACCACAAAGAUUUGAUUGUACAUAAUGAAGUCCUUGGGCCAACGGUCUCUUCAAAUGACUCUGGUGUAGAUCUGCCGCCUUCAUCCUCUUCUAAAGGAACCGUUUUAGGACACCAUCUAUCAUCAACCUUACCCAGCUACUCUUCUGCUGCCACAAAUGUUUUUAGUCUUGUGCCUUCGCCAUCUGACUUGAAUGUACCAAGUUUGGUUAGUGCACCAGUUGUGUCAAAGCCUCAAGUUCUUUCUGAAAGUAUCUGUGCUCCUACAACUGUUCAACAGUCAGCUGUCAUUCAACAGCAGUCUACUUCUCUUCACCAUGUAUCUCAAUCAACAGUGCCUCAAGUUGGAAAACCAAGUGAACCAUCAAUCUCUAAUCCUGAUCUUCCCUCUGAUACUUUGAGCUUGGAUACAAACUUAUUAUUUUUUGAUCCUCAAUCUGAAGUAAAUGACUGGAUGAAUGGAAACGGUGGAAUUUCACUGCCACAUCUAGAGAUCACUUUGCCUUACCUCCCACCAUCUGCUGCCAGUGUCAAAAAACUGACUUCAUUGCUCAAGGCUAAACAAUCUCUGCUUACAGCUGCAGCACAUAUCUUACCGCACGACUACCAGAAUGGCAAAGGAGAGAAAGAACAAGAAGAGGCCAUUCGCAAACUGAUUUCAGAAAGGUUUGCCACAAAUCCAGCAUACCUGUGGUUAAAAGCUCGAUUCUUGUCAUGCUUUACUUUACCUGCCCUUUUAGCCACCAUAAACCCAUACAAGGAUUGGGAAUUGCCCGAUUCACUUCUACGUAACGAUGAUCGAGUUGUGGACAAGCAUGUGGGAGAAAAUAAUGAGGCACCAGCUGCAUGUUCAUACCCCUUUUGGCUUUCUUUUUCUUGGGAUCCAAAGCAGGGAAUUUUCAAAAACUGUUGUUUUGGGACAGAUGUGGCUAUUGUGCGUCAGGAUCCUGUCAUUUCACUUGAUGUAAUAACAUGACUGGGAUAAGGAAGAUAAGUAAAGUUACCAGGAUUAAGUUCAGUCCAGAUGCGUAACAACGACAACAGGCGUGCUUCCUCAACCUCCUCAAAUAUAUAAUACAACAGUAAUUAAAAAAACUUAGAUCUCCACACAUGGACAUUCAAUUCGUAACACAUCUCCACUCCUUAUCAUCAUGAAACAAAGUUUUAUUAUCGUAUAUAUUUCACUUUGCAUUCACAGUAUACUCUAAAACACAAUAAAAACAUGCAAUAGUUUUAAAACAAUCUUUUAUUGGAGUGCCUUUUUAUAGUGUACAAAUGUUUUUUUACCAACAGCCAUUCAUUUUACCUAUAGUCAUGAUGUAGUGUUUAAGAUUUUUACUUCUACAUUGCUUACAAUUGGAGUGAAUUGUGACCGUUUCUUUGUUAUUAAAUGGUUUAAUUCCAUUACAACUUACUCAGCUUAACUCAUGUGCCGCCAGCCUUUUUCACAAAACCCAUUCCGGGAAAAAAAUUCUUCUAAAAAUAUAUAAACAUACAAAUAUAUCAAAUGAAAAGAACAGACUUUCUGCUUUCAAUCAAACAAACAAAACAGGAAAAGCGUUUCAUUCUAUCUUUAUUUUUUUCUCUUCUUUUACAUAUGGAUAUUUUUUUUAAAAGCUAAAAUAUUUGCAUUUUUGUGAAGGAAUUUUGUUAGAUAUCAGAUUCAGAGCGAUUAUCAGAACAUACACAGAGUUUAAAAUUAGUAAAUAAAGUUUUGACUUCAGUUUUUUAUAAAUGGGUAAGUGUGCCGUCUAGUGGAUAAUCAAAGAAUUACAGAUAACCAUAAGAACUCAUCAGGAACGCGUUUUUUAUGCAAAUGUUUUCUUUUAAUUGACGAGAUAACUCAUCAAUGGCGGGGAUAACCAUGGAAUACCUAAGUUUUUUUUAGGUCAAGUAGUAAUAAUAAACACAUUAAUUCAGCUCCUGCGCAUGUGCACAGUUUAGCAAACGACUCCAUAUACAGACCCUUCCCCGGAGAGUUUUUAUCCAUUGAUGAUUGAUUCUUUUAACUGUGCUCAAUCUUGUUUUCCAAUAUCUUUGAUUACGGUAAAUAAUAACUAAAUUAUAAGGCAAUUUGCAUUUUUUUGUAAACUAUUACUUUAAAACUUUAAAAGUACACUUAAAACUUACAUUUAAAUAAAUCCAUGCAUCAUAUUAUGUAAAUUUAUACAACAGGUCUGUUGAAUGCUUUAUUCUGAUGACAAUACCACCUUUGGUGUGCAUUAUUUUCGAAUUAAUUCAUUGGACUGUCGUCAUUUUUUUCUUACUUACACUUAAGAAACUUUAAUUCCAAGACUUACACAAAAUAAUACAUUUCAAUUUUUAAACAAAAAAUACAAUGUUUUGGCUCAGAAGAAAAAAAAGAGGAAGUGUGAGUAAAUAAUGGUGUAUUUUCAAUGUUUUGGUUAAUCAACUUUUAACAUUAAAGAAACUUACCCCUGGUUUCACAAACAAGGGUUUAGCCUGUAGUCCUAAACUAAGACACAUGUUUGGGCUGUCUCAAAUGAAAAUGGCUUAUUUUAAGAUCUGUCAGUGCAAGUUAGUGUCACCAAAUCAGUGGCGUAGCGUCUGGGCAUGCAGGGUAUGCACGUGCAAAUGGGCCCGGGCCAAUAGGGGCAGGGACGUGCACAGGGGGGUUGCUCAGGUUGCCCUGGCAACUGCCCAUAUGCCCUUCUCGACUCAAGUUGCCCUUCCGAGGUGGAAUUUUUUUUACUUUUACUUCGUUUACAUUGUGCAGCGUUCCUUCGUUACUGUAUUUUAAUUAAUUACGAAAUAUAUAUUUUAUUUUUAAAUUGCUGUCUCGUGUUUCUGAGGCAUUCGCGAAUUAAUGAGUCGUUUGAGUCGAUUCCUUACAAAGUGUUGCAAAUAAAUGAGUCUUUUGAAUCGAUUCUUUACAAAGCAAAUGGGCCAAACGUUUUGAAUUGGUUCGCGAAUCAGUUUGAAUAAAUUGUUCAGAUCGCUGCAAACACGGAAUCGUCUGAUGCUGUUUUACUCGUAGCCUAAGUAGAAACACGCAGAAUAUAAACAGUUUUGGGUGACGUGGAUAUGAAUUUACCAAUCUUUUAACUAAAAGCAAAACUUCACACAUGUACCCGCCAUUACAUACACGCAACCUGUUCGUCGUCAGACACAGUUAAACGCGUGCAACCUCCAGAAGCAUUGUAGCACAGACUGAAGAAAAUCCAUUGAUGAUUGACGUCUGAUUCGCUGUAUACUGUACUGAUGUAAGUGAUUCUCACAACACACACGUGACAUGACAACGUAAACAUGAGUUUUGUUUAAAAUCAUUUUUAUGUAAGUGGAAACUGUCAAUGUCCUCAGACCAUCUUAGGAGAUUUCUAACUUUAUACAUAUGCAAAACUGUUGUCAGUUUACUUGUCUGAUAUUUCAGCUAUAAGCUACAUCAACAUUGAGACUAGAGUUAAUUUGUAAUGCUUGUCUAUUCUGUGUUUGUAUUCUUUUUUCUGUACUGUUUGUGUAUGUUGCAGUUUUACACAUACUGUAUAAGUGCCCUUCAUCCUCUGUUUGCUGUGGAGUCAAGAAAUGUCUAAACAUUAAAAGAUGAACAAUAUACAAAAGUACAGAAUCUGUCACAUUUUUUUUUUUAAUGGGCACUGAGCUGUGUCCUGAUUGGUUACACAUGAAAAGCAUAAAAUGUGUAGGAUCAGUUUGAUUCACUUAUGUGCAUUUGUGUACAACACACAUAAGUCAGCAUUUAAUCCUGUUGUUCUUUGUUGUUAAAGCAUGUAUGUGUUGAAACAUAAACAAAGGUUAAUAAAAUGUGACAUUCUAAACUUCUGACAUACUGAUAUUUAUCUUACCAAUAUCUGGUCUCCACAGCAAAAAGAAAAAUCUUGUCUUUACAGUUCUGAUACUUAUGGAGGGCACUGUAUUGUGUGUGUGUGUGUGUGUGUGUGUGUGUGUGUGCGCAUGCAUGUAUGUAUACCUAGAUUUAUUUUUUCAUGAGUAACUAGUAACUCGCUACUUGAGUAUUAUUUUCAUUGCAUACUUUUUACUUCUACUUGAGUAAUUAUUUCUUUACUCACUUGUACUUUUACUUAAGUAAAGUUACUGACUACUCUUUCCACCUCUGUUAAAAUCUUCAUAAACCCAUGCUGAGUUUGCCAUGUUAGCCUAAAUAAUCAGACAGAUAGCAGCUAGCUAUCAUAGCUUGCAGACAAGCAGCCGAGGCUACUAUUUUUUUGGUAGGCAUUAGGCAAACAUGUUUGGUGAUUUUAAUAAAGACCCUGUUAUUCUCAGUACUUCAUAUAGGCCGUACGUUUUUUUUUCAGGGGGGUGCCCUUUUUUUUAGGACAGAGCAACUGCCCCAAAAAAUUCUUGUGCACGUCCCUGAAUAGGGGGCCCGGCCCUGGGCCCGCCCCAGCUUUUCAUUAAAUUUUUUUUCAAUUAAAUUUUUUUUGGCAGCAAUGAAUAUAUUUUUGUAUGCAUAUCAUGUGUAGUGAUUUCUUAUUUCUCCGUAAUGUCUAAUUUCUACGUCAUUUCUUGUUUGCGUUUAUUAUUAUUUUUGCACUCCGCGGCUGCCAUAGACUACUUCGCCAUAAUUUUUUUACAUGACACCGUGCCAAAAAAGACAAGAAAACACAGUGUGAGAGGUUACUACAGUAUAGCGGCUAUCUACAUGAACAUUAUACCCAGCAAGCAAUUUGGGCUAAAACCAGGCUAAAUUUGGGCUGUCAGUGAAAAUCUAAUAGACGUCUACCAUAGCCCAAGAGUAGACAAUAUGUAUAAGUUUAAAACAAAUGAAAGCAAACACCUUGAACACCUGUUGACUUUGCCUACAUGUUGGAAUAUCAUACAUCUUCAAGUUUUUUUGGCAAAAAUGGCAUGUAACCAAAUUCAAGGCUAUUUAGGGUAGAAGUGGGUUACUCAUAGCCGGUCUAUAUCGGGUCUAUAGUUAGCCGUCAUUUCAACGUCUUGGUUUUUGCUUGCUGGGUAAGGAUGGACAAAUAUAAACAUAAAAGUGGGGUCUCAAAUAGAAGGCGGAGAAGUUAGUCACGAGUCAAAAACUACCCAAAACAUUUAGUUUUUCUUUAUUUAAAUCUACCCUUUAAAGUAAAAAGUAAAGUAAAAAUAUUUGACUACCUUAUUAAAAGUAUAUGUUGUUAACAGACCUACGCGCCACAGUUAACAGUGCCAACAGGCAAGGUUGGGGGGGCUUUGGCUUAAGGGGGACCGUACAUUUUUUUUGCAUAUUGGCCUGGGACUCACUUGCUACGCCACUGCACCAAAUUGUCUGAAGAUACACACUAGCAACACACUUCUUUUUCUAAGGCAUGUUAAUAAAAGAUGCUUAAACAUCUUAAUUAAGUCCUAAUCCUGGCUGUAGCCAAGCCUUGUCUGUGAAACCAAGCCUUAGUUUUGUUUCUUGUUUGUUUGGUUUAUUUUUGUGUUUGUUUUUUUCU